AUGGCGAUGUCGGUCCCGCUCUCAGACAGUGAAGCAGAAGAUACCCGGGCCAUGCCCAAGCGGAAGCGCAACAAGCCGAGGCGAGGCAAGGAGCAGCGAGCAGCCCGCCGAGCGGAGUUUCAGCAGCUGGGUGAGCAGACUGCUGAGCGUCACGAGGAGGAGCCUGCUGCUGCUACUGCCACCACCACCACCACCACCACCACCACUUCCGCCGCCGCCGCCGCCGCUGCUUCUGCUGCCGCUGCCGCUACUGCUGCUGCCGCUGCCGAGACUGCCGCCACUGCCGCUGAGACCGCGGCUGCUGCUGAGACCGCGGCGGCUGCUGCUGCCACCGCCGCUGCCACUGCCGAGACUGCUGCUGUCUCGCCGCCGCCAGCGCGUUAG